GUCUGCUAUGGCUGAGAUUGGCUACAUUGGAUCUUAUGCAUCGACGGGCGACACCUCACAAAGCGACCCAGCAGCAGUGUCAUUCAUCAGCAAAUAUGUCAAAGUGAUCCAUUCACUCGACUAUGAAACCUCUUAUCUGCAAUGGUACGCAAAGGACAGUGUCUUCUACAAUGGAGAUGGAAAAGUAUACAACGGUGGAGAAACGAUCUGGAAGUGGAUCGUCACCCUCUUCGGGAGCUUCAAGACCUUGAACCACAGAUACAAGACCCUCCGAGUCAUUAAAGACACCCCUGAUACGUCAGGCAGGAUAUGUGAUCUACUCGUAUGGGAUGUUGAGAUUGAGAUCGAGCUUGCGCAUCCGAUCGAAGGAGAAGUGAUUGUGGUGCCGAGGUUGAUGCUGUUCUUCGUGGGCCCAGCAGUCGAGGGGGCGGGUACUGAUGGACUCAUCAUUUACGAAGGAAAGGCGUUUUGGGACACCAAUGUGUUGGCAAAAGAGGUCGAAAGGCGAAAGUCGGGUGCAGUGUAGUUUUGUUGCAUGUUUGCCUGUUUGUUCGGACAAGUUGAGGAAGUCAUUGGAAAUCUAGGAUGGAUAGUUCUCGCUAGAAGCGGUGGGUGUUUCAAGUCCGAUGUCCAAUUUGAGCGUUUCGAUGAUGGCCUUCCGGGCCAUAACUCCGAUGGAAUAUGAUUCUGAUCAGAUAAUAUCCUGGUAGAUUUGAGAACGGUCGCUGGUCUAUAGGUGCUAAGACUGAGCUUUUGGCCC